CUCCCACUCUUCACCAUGGCGCCGCUUCCGCAGACGUCGGCCCCGCCGCAACCUGAGCCGACCGCAGCCCCGAUGGCCAAGAGCUCGGUCCCGUUUGCGGCGAUCAUCGGCGCCGUGCUGGGCGGCAUGCUGCUCCUUGUCGUCGGCGGCGCCGUCGUGCGAUGGCGCAAGCGCCGUAAGACGCCAGACUACGACGUCGCGCUCUCUCGCGUCCCGACGCUCGCGCACUCGCCGGGUCCCAAGCCGUCUCCCUCCUUCACGUCUACCGCCGCGCAGACUCCACCUGUGGACUCGCCAGACCUCUGCGCCGACAAUGGAUCGAGAGUUGCGCAACACACGGACGCCGCACCCCCUUACACGCUUUCGUACACGCCCCCGCCGUCGCGCAUCCCCGUGCUAUCCCAGACCCAGCCGGUCAGCGUCGGAAGCCGGCGGUAG